AUGGUGACGCCCGACCGACUCGUAGACGUGGACAUGAGUGAGUUCCUUUACCUGGACGAGGUUUCCGCUGGCUAUAAGAAGCCUGUGUUUGAGUCUGACAUCAAUGGCUUUCUGAAACCCUUCACGCCGCUGUCAUGGGCGUUGAUUCUGGCUACUCUUCUGGGCGUGUUGACUGCUGCCUGCGGGGUACGUGUUGCAUAUGCAAGAGUGAGUCAACGGCGCAGGAGGGAGAAGAGCACCUUUCCUACUGUUGCAUUGCAUCUUGCAAACAGAACACCUCCCAUAACGGACGAGGCCAUGUUGUGGACGGUGGGGGCGAUUCUGGCGCAGUCCAUCAGCAAGGUACCUCGAGGUGAUUCCGUUCGCGUGAUUACUGGCUUAUGGCUUCUCGCGUCCCUCAUCCUGACCACCGUCUACCGUUCCAACCUGAAGGCGAUGCUGAUUCUGCCCAAACUCAACCUGCCUUUUGAUAACCUCGAGCAGCUGGUGGAGACGGACCUGCCUGUGUGGAUGUCGUCAAGUACCACCAUCUAUCAGGCUAUACAGAGCGCCCCUCCGGACACGUCUCUGGGUCGCCUCCUGCCGCAGGUGUACCACAAAGACCCCGUCCUGUCGAUCGAGAGGCUGGUCGGGGGUCACCACGUCCUCCUCGUCCCUCGCUCGGCCCUCCUGCAGAUCCUCCACCAGACUUUCUCCACCACCGGACAAUGCAAGAACUACAUCAUGUCUGAAAGUUUCAUGAAAACAACGACCUUAAGGCUCAUUUUCCCGAAAGGGUCGUCGCUGAAGGGGAGAGUCGACCCUAUCAUCUGGCGCAUGAGAGAAGCCGGCAUCCUGGAUCACAUCUUCAUGAAGGCUGUUUACAACGCGUCCGAAUGCAUGAAACACGACGUCUCUCAACCGAACAACAGCCUCCGGACACUGGAACUCGGGGAUUUCUACGGAGUCUUCAUCGUCUAUGCUCGAGGAACGUCUCCGCGUGACUCUGAGAUGCUGGAGGGCUACAGGUUUCCAAACAGGUUUUCCUCGAAAGGGUUUCUUGGUGUCGUAAGCGGACACGGUGCUCGUUUGCUCCUAUUACUGUGUUUCUCCGAAUCCCAAAUGAAAGCGCUCUCGGCCGCUAGCGAGAAAUGGAUUGACUAG